UAAUAAUUACCUCCAUGAAGUACUGAACAAGUGGAGGGGGUGAAAAGCAAGCGAGGAGGUGGAGUGUUCAGAGAGGGAGGAAAAGCCAGCAGAAGAGCAGGAAAAAAAGAGAAAAACCACCAGACACAACAACAUCGGGGGGAGGACGGUGGAUUAACUGCCAACUGAAGCAAUUCAAAUUAAGAGAAACGCCGCUGUGAAGAAGGGAGGACAGCAAGAUGAUAACGCCCUAUUUCCUGGAAAAUUUCUGGGGCGAUAAAAACAAUGGAUUUGAUGUACUGUACCACAACAUGAAACAUGGCCAGAUAUCCAGCAAGGAGCUAUCAGACUUCAUCAGAGAAAGAGCCACCAUAGAGGAGGCGUAUUCAAGAUCAAUGACCAAACUGGCCAAGACCGCCAGCAACUGCUCUCAGCUAGGGACGUUUGCACCGGUGUGGGAUGUGUUUAAACAGUCCACCGAAAAACUGGCGGCAUGUCACAUGGAGCUGGUCCGCAAACUUCAAGAGCUCAUCAAGGAAGUCCAGAAAUAUGUUGAGGAACAAGCCAAAAAUCAUAAGAAGACAAAAGAGGAGGUGGCGUCCACGCUGGAGGCUGUGCAGAACAUCCAGAGUGUGUCACAGGCCUUACAGAAGAGCAAAGAGAACUAUAUCAACAAGACACUAGAGCAAGAACGCAUGCGCAAAGAGGGGGCCACACAGAGAGACCUGGACAAGGCUGGACUGAAGGUCAAGAAAGCCACAGAGACCUACAAGUCAUAUGUGGAGAAAUAUGCCAAUGCAAAGACAGAAUUUGAGCAAAGAAUGACAGAAACCGCACAGAAAUUCCAGGGCAUUGAAGAGGAACAUGUACUGCGUAUGCAGGAGAUUAUACAUUCAUACUGUCAGUCUGUUGAAGAGACACACAUACAGAUAGGAGAGGUCCAAGAAGAGUUUGUGAAAAACAUGGAGAACACUUCCGUUGAGAGCCUCAUACAGAAACUGGCAGAAAGCAAAGGAACAGGCAAAGAGAGACCAGGGCCCAUUGAAUUUGAGGAAUGUAAUGUCUCAAUCGCCACAGAAGGUGCAAAACCCAGAAAAAGGAAAACCUUUGUCAUUCCAGGCCGACGGAAAGAUAAAGACACAGAUUCCACUGAAUCGACUGAAGCAGAAGCAGUUAACGCUUCCAACGGAGCUCCCCCGGGUUUCUACGGUGCUAUAGAUCUUCAUAACGCCAAUGUGCCUCAGCUGGAUGAGGACGGCUUCUGUAUCCGACCAGAAGUCAAUGAGAAUGAUGCCAAAGAGAACUCCUUUUAUUCAUCCAGUGACUCAGAAGAUGAGGACGAGCCAAGAAAAUUCCACGUCCAGAUCAAACCCGUGCAGACAAACAACGGCACACACCAGCACAAAGUCACCAUCGACGAGCUGAAGGCCUCCAUUGGAAACAUCACGCUCUCGCCCACCCCUGCCGUUCAUAUGAAGAAGAACCAGUCCAGUGAUGAACUGGCACGACCCAAGAUACCGCAGACAUCCUUUAAUGAUAGAUUAGCCAAUAAUGACCUGCUGUCUUUGGAUCCAUUUGGCCUGACCAGCUCCAGCUCCUCUAUACCUCACUCAUCAGAAGUGGAUUUACAGUCGGAGCCCACCUCUCCUUCAGUAGUCAGUCUUGAGAUUACCGAGGCUCCUUCUUUUCCCCUUCCCUCCAAACUCCCUCCUCCUGCCGGUCUUGCCAAGCCAUGCACUCCGCCGUUCCCUGUUCUCUCCUCUCCUUGGGAGCUCCCUGAUGAGGCUGUCGCUCCCCUCCACCCUGGCCCAGCUCGAGCUAUGAGUGUGCUUCCAGCUCUGCAGGCUGCUCCUAAGGACUAUGUUACCCACAAGCCCCCUCUCAGUGCUCCCGUCACUGGUCCAGACGCACUUUCAUCCUGGGCCCAGAGCCAAUGGAUUGCCUUUAAUGAUGCCUUUGUGCCAUGUCGUGGACUGUCCCAUCAACCACCAAGGCCUCGGUCAGUGCCCAUUUCUCAACAGCCCAAGCUUUUCUCCAGAGAGCCUGUUGACACAUUUGGCAGCUUUGGGAGAGAGGAGAGUGCCCCCUCUCUAAAGGAAGCACCAGCUCGACCCAUGCAGUAUGUACCACCGCCAAACAGGCCAACCACUCCCCUGGGCACAGCAACCAUUGUCCCGCCUCCAAGACCAUUAUCCCGGCCCAAACUGCCUGCUGGCAAACUGACGGGCAUCAAUGAGGCUGGCCGACCGUUCAGCCCUCAUAAGAUGUCCAACUCCAGCCCUCCUCCCGCUGCUCCUCUGGCUCGUGCCGAGAGCUCCUCCUCUCUCAGCUCCAACACCUCCUUGAGCACCAGCAACACACCAACUGUCGAGGACGAUCUGUUCGUGGGGAAACUGCCCACAUUUGAGAAGAGAUGUGAGACUCCUGCAGGGACCUCUCGUGGGCCCAGUCCAGUGACACUGGCUUCCCAGGAUGCAUUGCCCAUUGCGGUAGCAUUCACAGAAUCAGUUAAUGCCUAUUUCAAAGGAGCAGAUCCCAGCAAGUGCAUUGUGAAGAUCACAGGAGACAUGACCCUGUCCUUCCCCAGCGGCAUCAUCAAGAUUUUCACCUCUACUGCGUCUCCUGCUGUACUCAGCUUCAAACUCUCAAACACUAGCAGAUUAGAGCAAAUCAUGCCCAACCAGCAACUACUGCACAGUGACUCCUCCCAGAGCGACACAGACACUAAAGACUUUUGGCUGAACAUGCCUGCACUGACAGCGUACCUCAGGAAGAGCUCUGAGCAGAACCCUGCUGCAUCUUAUUACAACGUGGACAUCUUAAAGUACCAGGUAUGUUCAAAUGGGAUUCAGUCAACUCCUCUGAACCUUGUGGUGUACUGGAAAUGCACUCCUAGUACUACAGACCUGCGAGUGGACUACCGAUACAACCCAGAGUCCAUGCAGCCCCCCGCAGCUCUCACCAAUUUACAGAUGUUAGUGCCCGUCAAUGGAGGUGUCACAAACAUGCAGUCACUUCCCAAUGCCAUCUGGAACGCAGAACAGAGUAAGUCAUUAUGGAAAUUGAGUGAUAUCUCUGACAAGUCUGAAAAUGAAGGCUCUGGUUCUUUGAGAGCAAAGUUUGAGCUGUCUGAUGGUCCAUCCAUCCCUGCCACCCUGGCUGUUCAGUUCUUCAGUGAAGGCAGCACUCUGUCUGGUGUAGAUAUGGAACUGGUCGGCUCUGGUUACCGUCUCUCCCUCAAUAAGAAGAGAUUUGCCACUGGCCGCUAUAUGGCUGACUGCUGAGAUCUGAGCAGAGACCUGUCCGCUCUCAAAUGCAGGGAAUCUGGAGGUCAAUUUCUGUUCAUUCAUUAAUUCUGUCACUGGUUCGCAAUGAUAUUUAUGGAGGAUCGUUAGGGGGGAUGGAAAAAGAGAGCUGUCUGGGUGAAGGCCUCUCAUGCUUCUGUUUCCUCUCCACGUUCUGAACGAUCCAGUUCCAGUGAAGCACCUUCUGGAGAUUCAAGAUUUUUAUACUAUAUUAACGUAGCACUGAAUAUCAAACACUGUGUACAAAGAAAAAUAAAAAAAGAAAAGAAAAAAUGAGGAAUGUCAGGAUAUUGGCGAAUGAAAUCAUUAAUCUUUGAUACUUUUCGAUCAAUUCAGACUUUUAUAAAGUCAGAACGGUAGUGUUUGGAAUUUUGAUAUGUAUAGUUAACAAUUUGUAAUAUGAAUUAUAUGUGUAUAAUACAACAUAUCUAGGCAAAAAAAAAUAACAAAAAAACUGCACUAACAAUCUUUCUGGAUAUUUGUUGAGCAUUCAUUUCUCCAUUUGUAUUCACCCAAAUGUCAGUCACAAUGACAAUGAGAAGAACAAAAUGUGGAAAAAAACAGGAGAAAAGGAGAGACCAGAGAAAAGCUUUAGCAAUAGAUCACUUCAUUCUCACAAGAAAGCCUUACUUCUUGUCCGUGGUCUUUUCCAUAACCGAGCAUUGCACAUCCGGCUGAUAGAUUUAGAUUCCCCCUCCCCCCAAUUUUUGUUGUUUUCAGUUUCUUUCUUUUUUUCUUUUUUAAUUACAUUUAUGGAUUGUUUUUAAAGUUUAGUGCCAUUUUCACUUUAACAUUGUCAAGAGAACCUACUGGUUAGUUGUGUGUCUUGCUUAACAGCUAAAUGAAACUUAUACACUGACCUCAGUGCCUCUUUAUAUGUUAC